UUAUUUAGUUGCUUGUACUUUAGUACUUGUUUAACAAGUACUUGUAACAUAGUAUUUCUACUGUGCAGUAUUAGUACUUUCGUUUCCUCUUCGUCUUCCAGUCCAACAGGGUUCGCUGCUGGCUCUGAGCUCGGAGUAUCUGUUUCCUGCCGCAGGCUUUUUUUUAGCUCGCUCAGAAAUUCAGAGUGCGCACUGCGCAGAGAGGAGGAAAAUGUCGUCCGUACAGCUGCUGCGAGUGUCGGUACAUGAGCGGAUCAGCGCUGCCGCUGAAGACUUUCUGAUGCAGGUGGAGAAAGGAGGGGGAAAGGCUCAAGUCCCGGCCCUGAGAGCGAUGCUCACCGAGCGGCUCAAGGCGGCAGCGGAGGAGAUCCUCGCGUGGCUUGAGGAAACCGUGGCGGAGUACGAAGACAGAGUGGAGCGUUCAGAGCGGUCCGAGUUGGAGAUCCGCCGCCAGAGGAAGCUGCUCGAUGCCGUGAUGCAGCCCGUGGUCCGGCUGCACAGAGCAGUGUGUCCUGCAGACAUCCAGCAACUGAUGGUGAAUAAAGAGGAGGUUCCCCCUGAGGAGCAGCAGUGGAGCCCCCUUGUGGACCAGGAGGACCCAGAGCCCCCCCAGCUUAAAGAGGAACAGGAGGAACCGUGGACCAAUCAGGAUGGACAGCAGCCCCAAGGACUGCAGGAGGCUGAUAUCGAGUUCACAUUGACUCCUUUGGCUGUGAAGAGUGAAGAAGAUGAAGAGAAACUUAAAUCGUCAAAGCUUCAUCCGAGUGAGACGAAGGAGAAUAGAGCGGACUGUGGAGGACCAGAACCAGCCAGGAACUCAGGUCCUGAUGGAUGUUUAGAACCAGGUCCUGAGGACAAGACUGAAGACUCUUCUGAGACUGAAGACUCUUCUGAGACUGAAGACAGUGAGGAUGAUUGGAUGGAGACCAGGAAACCUCAGACAGGUUUAAAUACAAGAAAUGACGCACAGACUCUAAAUGUUAUGGGAUGUAAGACAGGAAAAAAAAAGCUUAAUUGCUCUGAGUGUGGUAAAAGAUUUAGCCGUACGGACCAUCUAAAUUUACAUAUGAGGUGUCAUACAGGAGAGAAACCCUUUAGGUGCUCUGAGUGUGGUAAAAGAUUUAGCCGUAGGGACAGUCUAAAUAUGCAUAACAGGAGUCAUACAGGAGAGAAACAGUUUAGUUGCUCUGAGUGUGGUAUCAGAUUUAGCCAUAGGGACAAUCUAAAUAUACAUAGGAAGAGUCAUACAGGAGAGAAACAGUUAAGUUGCUCUGAGUGUGGUGAAAGAUUUAGCCGUAGGGACCAUCUAAAUACACAUAUGAGGAGUCACACUGGAGAGGAACUGUUUAGCUGCUCUGAGUGUAGUAAAAUAUUUAGCCAUAGGUGCACUCUAAAAAGACAUAUGAGGAGUCACACAGGAGAGAAACAGUUUAGUUGCUCUGAGUGUGGUAACAGAUUUAGCCGUAGGGACCAUCUAAAUUCACAUAUGAAGAGUCAUACAGGAGAGAAACAGUUUAGUUGCUCUGAGUGUGGUAACAGAUUUAGCCGUAGGGACCAUCUAAAUACACAUAUGAGGAGUCACACAGGAGAGAAACCGUUAAGUUGAUCUGGGUGAGGUAAAAGAUUAAAGAUUUAGUCCUAUCGUACGAGACGUAAGGAUUCAUAAAGGAGAGAAGUGAUUCAUUUGCAACAUUUGCAAAAAAAAGAUUUAUUAGGAUUUAUCAGCAGAUAUUCAUAUUAUACAUAUUCAUAGUUCACUGUUUUAAAUAGACUAUUAACAGUUUGUAUGUCCCGAGAAAAUAUAACUCAUUGAAUAACACGAAAGAUUUGUGUAUAUAUAUCUUGUUUCUACAUAAUUUAUCUAUUUUUCAUAAUGUCCUUAAUGUCAUUUUAAGGUUAAAAUGUGUUCCUUGCACAGUAUGAAUGUGAGUUUUUAACAAGUUAAUAUGAUUAAAUAUGUUUGUUUUAA